CGGGCGAACGGGCAGGCGGCGCGGGGGUCGGUGGGCUGGGAAAGGCACGGCCGGCCGCGGGAUGGCGCAGUACAUAAAGCGCGCCGGAGGCCCGGCGGGGAAGCCGGGCGAGAGUCGCGCGGCCAGCCAGCCAGUCAGCCAGUCAGCCAGCCGCCGGGGAGGACUUGCCGAAAGGAGCCAGCUGGGAUUUCCCCGGCGCACGCCUCCUGCCUCUUCUCCAGGACCUGCAGAUUUUAGAAGAUCCAACAGAAGCAUGAAGGCCUUCUGGACUCUCUUGGCCGUCUUGCUCUUGGCUGAUGAGACACUUGCUAUCCGGGCAUCUCGUACUCGGAGGGAGCUGGCUCCGGGAUUGCAUGAACGGGGGAUCCGGGAUGCAGGGGGCUCUUACUGCGAGCGGCAUGACGCCUGCUGCCCUGGGAGGGACGAUGCCUGCACGGUGCCCUACACCGAUACCAUUUGUUACUGUGACCUCUUCUGCAACCGCACUGUCUCUGACUGCUGCCCUGAUUUCUGGGAGUACUGUUUGGGCAUCGAACCCCCGUUUCCUGUGCUGAAAGCCUGCAUCCGCAGUGGGCACAAGUUUCCAGCUGGGGCAACCUAUAGAGACAACUGCAACUUAUGCACUUGCGAUGGAAAUGGGCGAUGGACCUGUGAUGACCACGCUUGCCUCAUCAAUGGAGAUAUGAUAGAUGCCAUCAACAGAGGGAAUUAUGGCUGGCGAGCUUCCAACUACAGCCAACUGUGGGGCAUGACGCUAGAGGAGGGGAUCCAGUACCGACUGGGCACCAUCAAACCCCCCACCGCUGUCAUGAACAUGAAUGAGCUCUAUGUAAACAUGGAUGCCAAUGAGGUGCUGCCUCCCUAUUUCAAUGCUGCUGACAAAUGGUCUGGAAUGAUCCACGAGCCGCUGGACCAGGGGAACUGUGCUGGAUCCUGGGCCUUUUCUACUGCAGCGGUAGCCUCGGACAGGAUCUCCAUCCACUCCAUGGGGCACAUGACACCUGCCUUAUCACCCCAGAACCUCCUGUCCUGCAACACCCGCCACCAGCAGGGCUGCAACGGGGGCCGAAUUGAUGGGGCCUGGUGGUUCCUCCGCAGGAGAGGAGUGGUGACGGAUGAAUGCUACCCCUUCACCAACCAGGGAAAAGACAGCACCCCUCCUGCACCCCCCUGCAUGAUGCAUAGCCGGUCCACAGGCAGGGGGAAGAGACAAGCCAUGGCGCGCUGCCCCAACCCAGGGGCCGACUCCAACGAGAUCUUCCAGUCCUCCCCUGCUUAUCGCCUUUCUUCUAAUGAAAAAGAGAUUAUGAAGGAGUUAAUGGAGAAUGGACCAGUGCAAGCCAUCAUGGAGGUGCACGAAGAUUUCUUCAUGUACCGAAGUGGCAUUUAUCGGCACAUUCCUGUAGCAGCUGGGAAGCCAGAAAAGUACCGGCGGCACGGUACCCACUCCGUCAAAAUCACAGGGUGGGGAGAAGAACAUAUGCCUGGGUCAAGUCAGAAAUACUGGAUCGCUGCCAACUCCUGGGGCAAGGACUGGGGGGAGCAUGGCUACUUCCGCAUUGCCCGUGGAGCCAACGAGUGUGAAAUCGAAACCUUUGUGGUGGGUGUCUGGGGCCGGGUUGGAAUGGAAGACAUGCACCACAAGAAGUGAGGUCGAAAAGCUCACCUUGCACCACGUCACCAAAGAGAACUUCCUUCCUUCUCUUGCCUGCACCUUUCUUUUCUAAACAACAAACUGAGAUCAGGAUCAGUCACAGGACAACAUGCAGCUCACUCUGACCACUGUCUCUAAUGGGAAAGGCGCUUCACCACAUUCUGAGCUCUACGCAGGACUGGGUGAGGCCUAGAACUGUCCUUGAGACAUUGGGCAUGUAAGGAACUUUGGAUGCCCCUUCCUUGAAACUUUGGAAGCUCUUUUGGAACUCAGUGAACAGCUGCGAAGGGGAAAAUUUUGUCAGAAGGGACCAAGGGAAGUAAUUCAGUCUCACUCCCCCUUACAGCAGAAUCCUCCAAGCCUUUGUUAGCCCACAUGCUGAAAACCCAAGCAUACCACAGAGACACCCGAAACAAAAAAGGAAGACCAUGCCAAGAUUGCCCGAUGAGGGACUCGAGGAAGUGAGCCAAGCUUCAUGCUGUAUGGGAGGGCAAUCAGCCUCUCCUUUUCUGUGGGUAUCCAGAAGUCUCUUGCACACCAGGCCAAUUCCUCAAAAUGGGGCUAUUUUGGAAGUGUUGGUUCUUCUCACCUGAUGUUCCACAGAGGUUUGGGUAAGGAACAAGCCUCUUUAGAGGAAUUGUUCACUGGCAGCCAUUGUAACACAAAGAGUUGGCGACUUCUCAUGCCAAACCAUUUUGGGCCUUAGGCGGCGUGGGAUCUCCCAUUAGCUGCUCUUCCUCAAGCAUAUACAUAUGCCAGUCCUAUGGAGAUGACUACAGAAAACAACCAGGUCUUACAGCCUCACACACAUUGUCUCUCAUAAACACUUCCAUAGCUUGUUUCCUGGCUGCUCUGUAAUUCCUGUUGCUUUACCUUGGCCUUUCCAACAUACACUAGAAAAGGAGGAAUCUCAAACCUCCAGCAUGCCAGGGGAUGCCCUGAUGAACAGAAGAGUCUGCCCAAAUCUCAGGAAAUGCAGGAGAUCAAUGGUUGCUGUGGUUUUUGAGAAGACAAUUCUAGAACUGCUCAGCAAGGCCCAUAAUCCUUGGUGGAUCAAUCCUGAAAUGGAAAUGAUGCCCAGUUAUGGAGCAGAAUAAUACUGUGGGCUUUUUAAGAUGACUUUGUUGAGGCAUGUGAAGAGUUAAUCUGAAUGAUGGAACAAACUGCUUUUUUUUAAUGGUGGUGUAUCUUAUGAUUCCUAGUGAUCACUAAAACUGACAAUAGUUUUCAAGAGA